AUGAAGAAAGCCUUCGGAACUACUGCGAGAAAAACAGCUUCUCUGAAGUCAUCCUCUGGCGAGACCAUCACCGACCGCAGCAAACAGAUGGAACAGUGGGCAGAGCAUUACAAAAACUUCUACCUGAGAGAGAACGUCGUCACAGAGACGGCCAUCAACAGCAUCUCCAGUCUGCCCGACAUAGAGGAGCUUGACAACUCGCCAACAGAGGAGAAGUUCAGCAAGGCCAUUGACUCCCUCGCUCAUAGCAAGGCUCCAGGAAACGAUAGCAUCCCGGCAGAGGUGUUGCACAUCGCGGGGAAGGCAUUCGCUCGUGUUGCACUGAAAAGGUCACAGCAGCUCGCUGAUCGAGUAUACCCGGAGUACCAGUGCGGCUUCAGAGCACAGAGGUCCACCAUCGACAUGAUCUUCACGGUGAGACAGCUGCAGGAGAAGUGUCGGGAACAGAAACAGGCCCUUUACAUCGCCUUCAUCGAUUUGCCCAAGGCUUUUGAUCUGGUCAGAAGGAAGGGUCUCUUCAGGCGCCUGGAGAAGAUUGGAUGUCCUCCGAAGUUGCUGAGUGUGAUUUCGUCCUUCCAUGACGACAUGCAGGGCACAGUACAGUUUGACGGCUCAUCCUCCGCCCCAUUCCUCAUCAAGAGCGGAGUGAAACAGGGAUGCAACCUUGCCCCAACACUUUUCGGUAUCUUCUUCUCGCUGCUGCUCUCGCCCACUUUCAAACUUUUCAAACUCGUUCGUCUGCGAGCCAAGACCUCACUCAAGGCCUCUCACUCAGAGGCAGGACUACAGAGACUUACUACCUGCCUUGCACACGCCUGCAGUGAGUUCGGCCUGACCAUCAGUUUGAAGAAAAUAAAUGUGAUAGGUCAGGACGUCAGCCAAGCGCCCAGAAUCACCAUAGGUGACCACACCCUUGAAGUGGUUGAGGAGUUCACUUACCUCGGCUCAACAAUUGCCAGCAACUUGUCCCUGGAUGCUGAGACCAGAAAGCACGCCUGUCAACGAGGCGAAACCUGGACAGCGUAUGCCAGACAGGAACGCCGCCUCAACAGUUUCCACCUACGUUGCCUGCGGCGCAUCUCGGGCAGCUCCUGGCAGGACAGAGUACCGACCACCGAGGUGCUUGAGAAGGCAAACACCCAGAGCAAGUUUGUGAUGCUGUCCCACAGACGUCUGAGGUGGCUGGGACAUGUUCGCCGGAUGGAGGAUGGACGCCUGACAAAAGACGUCCUCUAUGGCGAGCUCUCAGCAGGAUCCAGACCAGCCGGCCGCCCCAUGCUGCGUUUCAAGGCAUGUGCAAGAGGGACAUGA